AUGCCUCAUGCUAGCAAUUCACAGGUGGCUAUUUGGUUCCAUCUGCGGCCCUUCUUUCCAACACAACGAGCUCAUCGAAAAAGCCACUCCACGAGCCGCCCGAACUCCAACCCAGCCACGGCAACCACUAGGACGCCAGCAAGCACAUACCCCGAGGGAGCCCACUCGACCCUCUCCUUGCCCCCAGUAAUCCUCCUAACAUCCUCACUCACCUCCCCCUCCUCUGCGGAACCCACGUCUUCACAGCGCCCAGCCCUCCCUCAGCCCCUCGCUCCAGAAGCCCAGGUUGGCGUUCGUCACGCAGAGCAGCAGAACGAAGGUGAUAAGCUCGGUAGCCCAGUUGGCCCUGCAGGGCUUCGACGUCGGAGGACUCCGAGAACGGGAUGCUGGCUCCGAGGACCAGGAAUGGGAUGCUGGCUCUCGGGACGUGCUGGAUGA